AUGGCUUCCUUCCUGAUCCAAGACGUCCGGAUCUUCGACGGCGAGAAGACCAUCGACAAUGGCUCCGUGCUGGUGGAAGACGGCAACAUCUCCCAGGUCUCCUCCGGCCCCGUUGCAUUUGAUGGGAAGACGUAUUCCAAGCCUGGACACACUCUCUUUCCGGGAAUGAUCGACACCCAUAUCCAUGCGGACAGCGGCAAUGAAGUCGCGCUGCCUCAGAGCUUGCGGUUUGGUGUGACGACGGUGUGCGACAUGCACAAUGAAUGGUACAAUAUCCAGAAAUUGAGAAGGCAGCGAGAAGGCGGUGACUGUGCCGAUGUCAAGACGACGAGCUUUGCUGCGACCAUUGACGGUGGAUGGCCGGCGCCGAUCGUCUUGAUGCAUGCGGAUACGCCCGAGGUAGACCAUCCUAACAGGUGGAAGGAGAGAUAAAUUUAUACUGACCAAUGUGCAAAGAACAGAGCCGAAAUCGCCACCUGGCCCAAAUUGACCGACGCCCACAGCGGACGCCAAUAUGUACAAGACCGCGUGGCAGAAGGAGUAGAUUACAUCAAGCUCAUGCACGAGUCCGGCACCGUCAUGGGCCAGAAAUUCCCCAAGCCAACCCUGGAACUCCAGCGCGCCGUGAUCGCAGAAGCGCACAGGAACAACCUCCUCGUCGUCGCGCACGCCACCUGUCUCCCGGACACACUGGAAGUCCUGCACGCGGGCGUCGACGGCCUGACACACACCUUCAUCGACCAGCCACCCACCCCGGAACUCAUCGCAGCCUACAAAAAGAACGACGCCCACUGCAAUCCCACCUUGGCAUGCAUGGGCUCGGGCACGACGGAAGGGCGAGCCACGCAGGAGAAAUACGCCCACGACCCGCGCGUGCAGCAUCUCCUGGACGGCAAGUCCAAGGCGAGUAUGUGCCUGUGCAUGCAAUUCGCGCAAACCUCCGGUGCCACAUGCGAGCAUGCCUUUGAGACCGUUCGACGGUUGAAGAGGGCUGGGGUGACGAUUCUCAUGGGCUCGGAUGCGGCGGGUCCGGCCGUGGGGACUGCUUGGGGGUUGACGGCGCAUCAGGAACUCUCUCUGUUUGUGGAGCAGUGUGGUUUCACGCCCGAAGAGGCGUUGAGGGCGGCGACUGCGCUGCCCGCGAAGAGGUUUGGGUUUACCGAUCGAGGGCUGGUCAAGGAGGGUUUGAGGGCGGAUCUGGUGCUCGUUGAGGGGAAUCCCUUGGAGGAGAUCGAUCAUACCCUGAAUCUACGUGGAGUCUGGUCAGAAGGAAGACUGGCGAGUACGUACCAAGGGCUCUCUUGA